AUGGCAGGCGAUGCAGAGCCCCGCUGGCAGUUAGCCAACGCAUGUGGCCCGAGAUGGAUUUCGGCAGAGGUUUGUUCCUUCCGUGUGUGGGCGCCGCACGGAGAAGAUCUUGCUGUUGAGCUGCAAGACUCGGAAGGUGGAGAGGUGCGGGAGGUGCCGUUGACGCGAGAAGACAACUUUUGGACAGGGCAAGCUCCAUGCAAACCGGGAGAUCGGUACAGGAUUGCAUUGGGUUCGAGUUGGAACGACUGCUUUCACCAGGAAGGAGCACGCUUGUUUCGUCGAGACCCAUGUGCUCGAGAGUGCGACUUCAACUCUUCCUGGUGUAUACUCCAUCCUCCGCUGACGCCUCCUCCAGCUUUCACAGCUCCGAAGUUCAAUGAGCUGAUCAUCUACGAGCUGCACAUCGGCAGCUUUGUAUCCGAAGCAGACGAACGACGAGCUUUCGCUGCAACAACCGAGAAGCUUGAGCACAUAGCAUCUUUGGGCUUCAACUGCAUUCAGUUCAUGCCCACAGCUGAGUUCGGCGGCAUUUGGGGGUACAACUCGCGGCAGCUCUUGGCGGCGCACGGACCUUGGGGGUCGGCGGCCGACAUGCAUGCGAUGGUGCAGCGCGCGCACAGCCUCGGCAUGGCCGUGCUCUUUGACGUCGUUCUCAAUCAUGGCUCAUCAAAGAUGAACGUUCUUUGGAAUUGGGACGGCUUUGGGCCCGACAACUGUGGAGGAAUCUAUUUCGAGGGCGAGAAGGAUACGCCUUGGGGGAAGCGGUUUGCCUUUCACAAGGCCGAGGUGCAGGACUACCUCAAGCAGUCUUGCCGGACUUGCAUUGAAGAGUACGGGGUGGACGGCUUGCGGUUCGACUCCGUGCACAACAUGCCUUGGUGGCUGUUGCAGCAGCUGACCUUUGAGAUCAAGGCGCACUAUCCAGACAAAAUCCUCAUCGCGGAGAUCACGCCAGAGAACCCGAAGGUGCUUCACGAUGCUGGGUUCCACUCUUGCUGGUUGCAUGCUACUCACUUUGAUUCGGUCAAGAUCAUGAAGGGCUCUGAUGGAGGCGCCGAUCCGAACAAGCGGCUGGGCAUGCUGAAGAACAUGGUCGCCCCUCACGGCUUUGGAAACAUUGGCGGAGUGCACUCCUUGCUUGGAUCGCAUGACCAGAUUGGAGACAGGCACAACGGAAACCAAGAUGGGCACGGAACCCAUCGCUAUUACGUCAGCCGGCUUGGUGGCAAGGGCAACUGGCACGCGCGUGCGCAGUGCCGAGCGUGGUUUGGGUUCCAGAACUGCUGUAAAGGUCUGCCGAUGACCUUCAUGGGCACCGAGAAUCUCCAAGAAGAUUGGUGGCAUGUUGACAAGCAUCAUCGGCUCAAUUGGGGGCUGCUUGAAGGCGGCGAUCCGCACACAGCAGAGAUGCGAGCGUUUGUAACUGCUUCUAACAAGUUGAGAGUCUCAUGUGAGCCGCUCACACGCGACGAGGUAAAGUUUGUCCAUGAGGAUGGUGGCAGCACAAUCUUGGCCUUCAUGCGCUGGACCCAGGAGACGGCAGCGCUUUGCAUUGCCCACCUGGCUGAGUCCCAGUGGGAAAGUGACAGCUAUGGGGUUAGCACUGGCUGGGGUGGAGGCAGAACCUGGAAGCUGGUCUUGAACUCCCAGGCCAAAGAGUUUGGUGGCUGGGAAGGCAGUGCCACCCCGGAGGCGAAGGCAGAUGAUUCCGGCAAAAUCAGCAUAAAUAUUCCAAAGUGGUCCAUGCUGGUGUAUGUCUCCUCCCAGUGA